AUGGAGGAGAGAGCACAGGCCCGGCAGAAAGGCCUGGGCUACAGAGUGGAGAGAACAGUGCUGGACGAGGAGAGCCUGGAGGAGGUGGCACAGAGACAGACUCAUGAGGACAAGCCUGCCCUGGCACAGCGGCUCAGGGGCAAACUCAGUUGCUCUGCAGUGAAGUUGAGGCACUGUCUCUUCACCUGUAUACCAGUCUUGUCCUGGCUCCCGUGCUACUCCUUCAGGGAGUGUGCUCUGGCAGACCUCUUCGCAGGGAUCAGCGUCGGGAUCAUGCAUCUACCGCAGGGCAUGGCGUACGCCCUCCUGUCCUCCCUGCCCCCUGUGUUUGGGCUCUACUCCUCCUUCUACCCAGUCCUGGUCUACUUCAUCUUUGGGACUUCCCGGCACAUCUCAAUAGGCACGUUUGCAGUGAUGAGCAUGAUGGUUAGUAGUGUGACGGAGAGGCUGGCUCCAGACAGCAUGUUCCUCCUGAGCCCGGGGAACCUGACUAACGCAACCGGGAUCGACACUGAGGCGCGGGACGCCAUGAGGGUGCAGGUUGCCACAGCGACCACCAUUCUGGCCGGACUCUUUCAGGUGGCUCUGGGUCUGGUCCAGUUUGGCUUUGUGGUGACCUACCUGUCUGACCCGCUCGUGCGUGGCUACACCACCGCUGCUGCCACCAUCGCGAUGGUGUCACAGCUCAAGUACAUGUUGGGGGUCCACAGCGACCGGUUCAGCGGACCCCUCUCCUUCGUCUACACGCUGAUAGAUGUGUGUUUCCUGCUGCCCGAGACUAACCUGGGCACUCUGGUGGUCAGCAUCGUCUCCCUGGUGGUUCUAGCGGCAGGGAAGGAGCUCAACACAGCAUGGAGCCACAAGCUGCCCAUGCCCAUCCCCAUCGAGCUCAUCACAAUCGUCUUGGCAACGGUGAUCUCAGGCCAGGCCACCUUGAGCCCGAGCUACGGCGUGGACGUGGUGGGGGAGAUACCCAGCGGACUGAAGCCCCCCAGUCUCCCGGACUGCAACCUGUUUGGUCAGGUGAUUGGAGAUGCCUUCGCUCAGGCCAUUGUUGGGUAUGCCGUCUGCAUCUCUUUGGGUAAAACAUUUGCGAUGAAAUACGGCUACAAAGUGGACAACAACCAGGAGCUGGUGGCGCUGGGGCUCAGCAAUGCAUGUGGUGGUUUGUUCCAGUGCUUCACUGUCAGCUGCUCCAUGUCUCGCAGUCUGAUCCAGGAGAGCACAGGAGGCAAGACACAGGUUGCCGGGGUGAUUUCCUCGAUCAUCGUCUUGGUAACGGUGCUCAAGCUGGGGGUUCUGUUUCAGGAGCUGCCCAAGACUGUGCUUUCUGCCAUCAUGUUCAUCAAUCUGAAGGGAAUGUUCAAACAGUACAGUGACAUAGUGACUCUCUGGAGAACCAGCAAGAUAGACCUGCUGGUGUGGGUCAUGACCCUGGUCUUCACGCUGCUCCUGAACCUGGAUCUGGGACUUGCUGCGUCCAUCGCCUUCGCAAUGCUGACCGUCAUCUUCAGAACACAGCUGCCGCGGUAUUCCGUUCUUGGACAGAUUCCUGGAACCGAACUUUACCUGGAUGUGAAAACUUUCAAACAGGCGAGAGAAAUUCCAGGAAUCACAAUCUUCCGCUCCUCCACCACCCUCUACUUUGCCAACGCGGAUCUGUUCUUGGAGGCGUUGAAGAAGAAGGUUGGGAUCGAUAUCGCUCAGCUGCUGACCUACAAGAAGAAACUGGCAGCGAAAGAGAAGCGCAGAGAGAAGCGACAGGAGAGGAGAGCCAAGGAGACCAAGAAAAUGGUAGACGACACUCUGAGCAGAGACCUGGAGCGCGUCUCCGUCGGCUCGCUGGGCAAGUGGAGCUGGGACAUUCACUCCAUCAUCCUGGAUCUCAGCACUGUCAACUUCACCGACACCAUGGCCAUCAAGACACUGAGAAACAUAUGCCAUGAUUUCAGAGAAAUUGAAGUGGAUGUAUAUUUGGCUGGCUGCCAGCCCUGUGUCGUGGAGGAGUUGGAGAGAGGCUUGUUCUUCUCGAAGAUGCUCACUAAAGCCCAUCUCUUUGCCUCGGUUCACGAUGCUGUGCUGCACUGCGGGGAUCACAGGGGCUCCCCCUGCCCCCCCCACCACUGUGACAGGGACAUUGGCUGCAGUACCAAGCUGUAG